AUGUCCUUGAAACCUGACGACCCCAGUGCUGGGUUCCAGCACAACAAUGUGGUGGCCUUCAUCAAUGAGAAGAUGGCCGGGCACACGAAAGGCCCCGAGUUCUACCUCGAGAAUAUAUCCCUGUCCUGGGAGGAGGUAGAGAACAAGCUCAGGGCCAUCCUGGAGGACAGUGCGGUGCCCAGCGAGGCCAAAGACGCCUGUGCCUGGAGCAGCCUCGCCCUGGGCGUGCGCUUUGCCCGCAGGCAGAGCCAGUUACACGGGCGCAGGGUGCACUGGCUGCAGAACUUCACCAAACUGCAUAAGUCUGCUGCACAGACCUUGGCCUCAGACCUAAAGGAGCUCACAGCACAGCAGGAGAUGGAGCGCAAGGAGUCAGUCUUUCGGCUGUGGCAGACACAAGCAAACCUGGCAGAGAUGGGAAAGGAAAGGGAUCUCCUGAGGUGGAAGGUCUUCCGGGCUGAACUGGAGUCUCCGCGGAAGCAGGAGCAGGUCCAGGUUGCAGAGGAGCCAGGCCUGGCCACUGCCAGUGGGGUUGAAACAGAAGGAGCACGUGAGGAGGAGGAGGAGGCAGGGGCUGCUGCUACUUCUGCUACAGCUGCUGGUGCCACAGGAAGAGGAAGAAGAAGUCAAAAGGAUGCAGAAGGGGCAGAGGCCACCAAGAAGCUGGGUAGAGGCCCUGUCCACCUUCAUGGAGCUGAGGAGCAGAAAAAUUACACCUCUGGUGGGCAGAGGGAGGGAGAUCUCAGGUCAGUGGAAACAACCGUGUUUUAUUUCUCUGGAACCAUGAAGCCCGGGUCCAGAGUCACAUCAUCACCCCUCCCUGUCCAGCUCCCUGCCUCAUUCACACAUUCCUACUCAUGCCCCUCAUCCCCCUUCCCACCUGCGCCUGCACCAUCCCCACCAGCAGCAACAUUCACAGCAGGAGCUCCAUCUCAGACAUCUCCCCACCGGCAGCCCUCUGAUGUUAGCUCGUGGUCUGAUGGGGGGUCCCAGGGAACAAACCCUCAAGAAUCCCAAAGAGACAGGAGAGACUCUGAACCCCAUCAGCAGAGAAGGCCUCCCAUAUUUCACAGGCCUGGGGAUGGGGACUGCCCUUGGUGUAAAGCUGUGAAUUGUUCACAGAGGGAAAUUUGCUUCCGUUGUGGAAGGGGAAUCUGGCUUCAAAGCCCUAAGUGA